ACUGUUUACUGGACAUACUUUUUAGUAACAUUUAGUUGCAAGCAGUGCUACGAUCAUGUGGCGUCUCUCUAUUUUAGUUACAUUUUUGGUUGUAGGCUUAGAGGCUAAAUUAACAACUUCGGUAGUACCAGAUCCAGAAUGGCAGAAUCUUGUUAGUGCAGGCGGAAUGUACAUCGGACACGGGCGGACUAAACGAUUUGUUGCAGUCAAUGAAAACCAGCCCAAUUUACCGCAUCAAGCGUGUCUUCUACCGGAUGGUUCUACUGGGCACUGCAGACACUUGCACCAUUGCAUCCAGGAUGACUUUAAGAUAGACUUUAUGAAGUUCAUGGACUAUAUGUGCAUUAUCCAACAGAGGGCUAUUGGUGUCUGCUGCCCUGACAGUGUUGCGGAUAACCAGAUUGCAAUGGUUCCUAAGGAUAAAGACGGUGUCGCUUUUAUGGUUGAUCGUAUUUAAUACCUCGGCCUGUAAUAUUUGUAAUUAAACCAUUGUACUUUGA